GCUCAAGCGCGAGAGUCCAGCCAGUAGUACGUUAAAUAUUAAGCUGGUCGGUUACACGAGAAACGCGUGUGUUGAACUGAAGUACCCGUUUGUGCAAACCGACACGACGGGCAGGUUUUUUUCCUUUUAUUUCCUGCGUGUUUAUUUCCCCUUUAUUCCCGUCCUGACGUUUGUACGCCGCUUUGUCUGAGCUAGCGAAGCCUAAAAAGACCUAACCGGCUAACUGCUGCCUCAAAGCAGACAUUUCUUUGGAGUUUUUGUCGUCGUUUUUGUUUUUAUAGCUUGUUGCUGAGUUGUGAGUUUUACUGAAGAAACAAUUGAGCGAAUGGUAUUUUUUGUUCCACUGUAGUAGCACCAUAUGUGACCAGUGUUUAUGAAGUCGUCCCGGAUAAUUCACCUCAGAUCCAUCAGCAGCGAGAGCAUGGAAAACGAUUUCCUCGAGCAAGGUUAAGUUCACUGGGACGUCUGGGCUACUCCUGUCCGCUGUCAAAUUCUCCUCCCAGCGUGUUCUGGACCUGUGAAUAGUCUUGUCCAGCUUUAUUCUAGGAGGCGUGUGUGAAGGACGUCAGAGUGGAGUAAUGGUGGUUAACGCGGUGCACUGGUUCAGGAAGGGUUUGAGGCUGCAUGAUAACCCCUCACUCCUGGAGAGUAUAGUAGGGGCGGACUCUUUACGCUGUAUUUACAUUCUUGACCCCUGGUUUGCAGGUUCAUCCAACGUGGGAAUCAAUAGGUGGAGGUUUUUAUUGCAGUGUCUGGAGGACCUGGAUGCCAGCCUUCGAAAACUCAACUCUCGCUUGUAUGUUAUCAGAGGCCAGCCCACUGACGUCUUUCCCAGGCUUUUCAAGGAGUGGAAGAUCACGCAUCUGUCAUACGAGUAUGACUCCGAACCAUUUGGGAAAGAGCGGGAUGCAGCCAUCAAGAAGCUGGCCAAUGAGGCAGGGGUGGAGGUCACUGUUAGAAUCUCCCACACACUCUAUGAUCCAGAGAAGAUCAUUGAGCUGAAUGGUGGGCAGUCACCUCUCACAUAUAAGCGCUUUCAGACAAUACUCAGUAGAAUGGAUGCUGUAGAAAUACCAGCAGAGACCAUUACUGCUGAGAUACUAAGCAAAUGUAUCAUGACUGUUGGUGAUGACCAUGACGAGAGGUUUGGUGUGCCCUCACUGGAGGAGCUUGGCUUUGAGACAGAAGGUCUACCAUCUGCUGUGUGGCCAGGAGGAGAGACUGAGGCUCUGACUCGUCUGGAGAGACACUUGGAGAGAAAGGCAUGGGUGGCUAACUUUGAGCGUCCCAGAAUGAAUGCAAAUUCAUUACUAGCCAGCCCUACAGGUCUGAGCCCUUAUCUUCGCUUCGGCUGCCUCUCCUGUAGACUCUUCUACUUUAAACUCACAGACUUGUACAAAAAGGUAAUGAAAAAUAGUGUCCCUCCACUGUCUCUCUACGGCCAGCUGCUAUGGAGAGAGUUCUUCUACACAGCUGCCACAAACAGGCCGUGCUUUGACAAAAUGGAGGGCAACCCAAUCUGUGUGCAGAUCUCAUGGGACCGUAACCCAGAGGCAUUAGCAAAGUGGGCAGAAGGCAGGACAGGUUUUCCCUGGAUUGAUGCGAUCAUGACUCAGCUGAGGCAGGAGGGGUGGAUUCAUCACCUGGCACGGCAUGCUGUUGCAUGCUUCCUCACCAGAGGAGACCUUUGGAUCAGCUGGGAGGAAGGCGUCAAGGUGUUUGAAGAGUUGUUGCUGGAUGCAGAUUGGAGUGUUAAUGCAGGCAGCUGGAUGUGGCUCUCCUGCAGUUCAUUUUUUCAGCAGUUCUUCCACUGCUACUGCCCAGUGGGUUUUGGUCGCCGCACCGAUCCCAAUGGAGAUUAUAUACGUCGGUAUUUGCCUAUAUUGAGGGGUUUUCCUGCCAAAUACAUCUACGACCCUUGGAAUGCACCAGAAAGUGUACAGAAGCUUGCUAAGUGCAUCAUUGGGACUCACUACCCCAAGCCCAUGGUGAACCAUGCCGAGGCCAGCAGAAUGAACAUUGAGCGCAUGAAACAAAUUUACCAGCAGCUGUCGUGUUACAGAGGCCUUGGGCUUCUGGCCUCUGUGCCGUCCAAUGCCAGUGGUAACGGCGAAGGUGCAGGAGCAAGUCUGAACCCGACAGACAGCACACAGGAGAGCAGUGCUGCAGUGCAACUAACCCCGGCCAACAUUCAAGAAGAUUUGUCAGCAAGCCCAUUGUCCUGUACUGACCAACUAACUGGCACUAGUUCCCAGUCACCAGCAGGUAUAUCAGGAACUGGUGGAGUAAAAUCUUGGAGACAAGACACAAAGCAAACACAGAGAGACAGAAGAACAGACACGCUAAAGCGACAUAGUGAAGAGUCCGUAUCAAACCGUGGAUGCAAGAUUCAGAAAAGGAACAGUGAUAAGCCACCUUCACAGUGACCACAGCACACACUUCUCAGGCGGCGAGCAGGAUGUAGUCCCAAUGGUAGUAGUUAGGACUACCAUUAAGCAAUUUUUAGAUAUUGCUUAUCUGCUACAGUGGAUUUAUAAUCUACACACCCCUGUUAAAAUGGCAAAUUUUUGUGAUGGGGGGGACUUGGUUUAAGAUAAAUCAUGUCAGAAGUUUUCCCACCCUCAGUGUGAAAUGAUAACGUAUAAAGAUUAAAUGAGAAACAAUCAAAAACAUUUUAGGGAAAAAUAGGAGAGGGGAAAAAAAAAGAAGGUACAGUAACCUUGUUGCAUAAGUGUGCACACCUUUUUAUAAGGGGAGUGUGGCUGUGUCAAGCUCCUGUUCAUAAAUAAUUAUCAUGCAGCUGUCAUCACUGACAUUAUUCAGAUAAUUUUGUUGAUCUUCAUAAUUUGAUUUCAUACAUCAACUUGGUUUUGUCUGACUGCUGAUGCCAUGGUCUGCAAAGAAUUGACAAAGCCUGUACCAGGUCUCACUGUCACAAAUAAUUGAUCAGAAGAGGGGUGCGGAAAACUUUGAAAACAUCAGAUGUACCGUGGUACACUGUGAAGGCCAUCAUCAACAAGUGGAGAAAAUGGAGCUCCACUGUGACCUUACUAAGAACAGGACAGCCGUCUAAAAUUUACAAAAGGACAAAAACUUACCAGCGAGGCUGCAAAGAGACCAACGGUAACAUUAAUGGAGCUGACUCUCUGCAUGGGACAACAAUCUCUUGUGUUCUUCAUAUGUUUGUGUUAUGGGCUAAGGUGGCUAGACGGAAGCCCUUUCUCACAAAAAACAUCCAAGCUCAACUAAAUCACCCCAAACAUGUGGAGAAAUAUUUUGUGGUCUGAUUAGGCCAGUUCCAAAA